GAGAUGAGUGGAGGGUCGUCGGUGCCCUGAGAAGUUAUGACUCUAUCAUUGUCCGGGCUGCGGACAAGGGUGGGGCCAUUGUUGUCAUGGACAUUGACAAAUAUAAUGCUGAAGCAGAGGCACAGCUGUCUAAUCGGGUUCACUACGAGAAACUAUCAAGGGACCCAAUGAAAGAGUUUCAAGAAAGGAUCGGGGUUAUUACCCUUGAGGCCAUGAAUCAGGGUUUUAUCAACAAAAAGAUCUUUGAGUUUCUUAAUACACCUUGUAUACCUUUUUUGUACCUGCUUCCCAAAAUUCACAAGGAUCUCUUGAAUCCCCAUGGCAGGCCCAUUGUUUCGGGUUGUGGUUCUUUGCUUCAGCCGCUGGCCCAAUACGUUGAUGCUUAUCUUCAAGUGCUGGUG